AUGAACUUGAAGUUUGUGAUCCUUGUGAGUUCAACCCUCGCAAAUGGCACGCGGUUGAGCCUUGGCAAGGAACCCGGACAGUCCUCAUCCUUUACAGCCCCUCACCUCCACUACAAGGAUCGUGACACCUUGGAGUUUGCGGGCUUCCCAAUUGGCAAGGCCCAGUGGAAUGAUCAGGAAGAAGCUUUCAAUGAGCCGGCGACCACAGGCCUAAGCUCUCAACAGGUGGAACUUCAUCUACUACAAACUUUGCCUACGGACGAGCAGGGCACCUUCGAGGACUCUAUGUUGACCAUGACGGAGGAUCAAGAGCAGCUGGUUGAGGACUUGGAAGAAAGAUCGGCUAGGUUGCGACUACUUCUGGAAGAGGAAGAGGCCCUGGCUGAAGAGUGUCGUCGUGCAGGCCAGCAGACUGUGGAUGAGGUGGAGAAUGUUCGGGCAACCAUUGAGGAAAUGAUCAGUGAUCUAGCGGUCUUUCGGAGAAAGUUACAUGAUGAUCAAAAACAAAGAUGCCUGAGAGCAGCUGUGGUUGCGCAGGAAGUUGUGAACUACGAAAGAUUGCUGGAUGAGCUGAAGGGUGACCUCGAGGUUGUUCAUACCGUCCCUCUUGAUCAGGUUCGGGCUGCACUACCCAAGUGGCAUCAAGCAAUGGCCAAGGAGGUCAAUCAGCUGUUGGAUGGAACUUUGAGACCUAUGACAUUGGCGAUGGCACGUGAUCUCGAAAAGCAGGGCAAGCUCAAGUUGGUUCCGUCAAAAGCUGUUUGCACAUUGAAACCUCCGACCAACAAGGGUGAAAAGGCAAGGCGGCGCUUCCGCCUAGUGCUUUUUGGAAACUUCGUGUCGAGAGAUGAUCCUUCAUACAAUCUGUAUGCUGGUGGUGUCUCUGCGGAGACGGUCAGGUUGGCUCUCACUAUUGCUGGAGCUCUGCGCUGGACAAGCGCCACAUCCGACAUUGUGGCGGCCUUCCUUCUGGCCAGUUGGUCAGAGGAGUUGGCUCGGUAUGCCAUUUACCCGCCGAGAAUGCUCAUUGAAGCCGGCUUCAUCUCUGCAGAUCAAGGGAUCACCGGCUGUUUGGAGCAAGUGCAGAUCGACGAGAUGGCUUCGGCAAGGAUUCCUUGGAAGGGGAAGAUUGUGGUCCUCAAGCCUGGUGAUGCUGAUCCUGAUCUAUGGCUGGCCUACGACGAGGAGGACAAGGUGCGAGCUCAGGGCAGUCUACUUGCUUUGGUGAUUACAUAUGUUGAUGACCUGCUCUACUUGGCCGAGAAGUCCCUUGUCGAGGCCAUUCAUGAAUGGAUUCAAAAGGAUUGGCCUUGCAGUCCGCUUGAGUGGGCACAGGAACCUGGAGGUACUCGGUAUCUCGGGAUGGAACUCCGUCAAAGGGAGGACUAUGUCUUUGAGAUCUCCCAAGAAGGCUACAUUCGAGAGUUGCUACGGAACCACUCUAUGGACGAUGCUGUAAGCACUCGACUGCCGUGCCCCAAGGAAUGGGUGCAUGAUGGAGAACCUCACGCUGAACCUGAAAACUAUUCCAUGGAGGAGUUGAAACUGGCUCAGCGUAUCGUUGGGGGAGCAGCUCUGGCUGACUAUGCGUUCUCGGCCGGAUCUUCAGUUUCUGGUGGCCUUUAUGGCGUCGAGAGUUACACAUCAACCGAACCGAGUCGCCCAAAUCGGGCGGAGGAUCCUCGCCUACCUCAAGACAACUCAAGCUCUAAAGCUGGUCAUGGGAUCGGAUGGAGCUGGAAAGGAAGGACCUAUGGAACUGGUUGGGUUUUCAGACGCCAUUUUAUCCCCGCACGGAGAAAAGUCCUACGGCGCCAGCGUGGUGACGGUGCGAGACGCCCGGUCGCUUGGAAAGCGUCCAAGCAAUCAUUCGUCACCCUCUCGGUAAUGGAAGCAGAGCUCUAUGAGACAGCCAAUGCCGUGGUGCUCUUGGAAAGCGUUGGAAGCCUUUUAGAUGAAAUCCUGGGUUACCAAGCGAUCAGACGCUUGAAGGUUGACAAUUCGUCAGCCUUGUCAAUGGUUCAGGGAGGACCGGGCAGUUGGAGGACACGUCAUCUUAAGGUUCGGAGCGCAAAGAUACGCAGCUUGGUGGAGACGGGCGAGUUGCUGGUGGAGCACACCACUGGUGAUCUGCAGCUGGCAGAUCUGGCUACAAACAUGCAUUCAAAGAUGAGAUUUUGGGAGCUGCUUACGUUGUGGGGUUUCAAGGAUCUACCUCAAGAAGCGGUCCAGGCUCUGAACACGAAGAGUGCAUACAUGGCGAUGCUUGUUCUGGCUUUGAUGAUCUCACCAGCCCAAGCAGAUGAUGGCACUACCCCGGCAAGGACAGGAUUGCAAGCGGUGGGUGCAGACGAGUUGAUGCUGGUUACGCUGCUAGUGUCCAUUGCUGCGGUUCUAGCGGAAGAGCCUUGUGGAAGUUCGGAGGUUCCAUCACCCCAGCCACCACCACCAGAUCCGCAUCCUAUAGUCCGGGCUAAGACCACCAAGAAGAUCAUUGACACGCCCGCUGCCCAACAGUUUGAGAACGAGUUUGAGAUCAUGCCUGAGCGAGGCUACUACAAGACGAACUCUUCACGGUCUAACUUGCACACUGACCCUCACUGCCACGGCCUGAGGAAUUCUGGAGAUGUGUACGCGGUAGAGUACUGCGCAUAUUGCCAGCGUAACACGCCACUGUACAGUCGUCGGAGUCGAUCCCUACAGCCCUCGAGAAGUUACUAG